ACCCCUCGGGGGCCUCAGCUCCUGGGUAAACAUUAAUGGGGCUCAGUACACAGCAGGUCAUGUGUGCGCCCAGCGGAUCUUUGACCUGCAGCUGCUCCUACCCUGAGUCUCCUCCCCGAAGGUGCCCCUCACUACCCACACAGAUCUGGACCUGGGCCUGGGUCUGUCCCUGCCUGAAAUCCAUGCCGAAUUCCCUCACUGAUGGCCAGGUCCCCACCCCUACUCUGGACACAGUUGGCCUGGUGGACCGGAGUCUGGGAAAUGCAGGGAACUCCGGUUCUGCCCCCAUCUCGGAAGAGGGGGACACGGACCCCUGGGCCCUCCCUCAGCUGAAGGACACUGGCCAGUCCUGGAAAGAGCUCAGCGUGGCCGGCAGGGUGGUCCAGGCAGCAGUCAGCUUCCUCAAGGCAUGUGGGCUCCUGGGCAGCCUCUACCUCUUCGUCUGCUCCCUGGACAUCCUCAGCUCUGCCUUCCAGCUCCUGGGCAGCAAAGCAGCUGGAGACAUCUUCAAGGACAACAUGGUGCUGUCCAAUCCUGUGGCUGGACUGGUCAUCGGUGUGCUGGUCACAGUCCUCGUGCAGAGCUCCAGCACGUCCUCCUCCAUCGUGGUCAGCAUGGUGGCCUCCAAGCUGCUGACCGUCCGGGCAUCUGUGCCCAUCGUCAUGGGCGUCAACGUGGGUACAUCCAUCACCAGCACUCUGGUCUCGAUGGCACAGUCAGGGGACCGGGAUGAGUUUCGGAGGGCCUUCGGUGGCUCCGCCGUGCACGGCAUCUUCAACUGGCUCACGGUGCUGAUCCUGCUGCCGCUGGAGGGCGCCAUGGCCCCACUGGAGAGGCUCAGCGCGCUGGCCCUGGGCGCCACCAGCCUGCAGCCUGGGGGCCACGCCCCCGACAUCCUCAAGGUGCUAACACAGCCACUCACACACCUCAUCGUGCAGCUGGACCCUGAUGUGAUUACCGGCAGCGCCACAGGCAACGCCACCAACAGCAGCCUCAUUAAGCGAUGGUGCCGCACCAGGGGGCAGACGACUGUGGGGAACAGCAGCCACUGCAGAGCGGCCGCUUUCAGCCCCUGCGCGUACCCCCUCCUCCUGGGCUCUAACAUCGGCACCACCACCACGGCCCUGCUGGCCGCCCUGGCCAGCCCUGCGGACAUGCUGCUCAGCGCCGUCCAGGUGGCACUCAUCCACUUCUUCUUCAACCUGGCUGGCAUCCUGUUGUGGUACAUGGUGCCCAUCCUGCGGCUGCCCAUCCCGCUGGCCAAGAGCUUCGGGGACCUGACCGCCCGCUACCGCUGGGUGGCUGUCGCCUACCUGCUACUGAGCUUCUUGCUGCUGCCACUGGCCGCCUUCGGGCUCUCCCUGGCAGGGGGCACAGUGCUGGCCGCAGUUGGGGGGCCUCUGGUGGUGCUGGUGCUCCUCAUCAUCCUGGUCACCAUCCUGCAGCAACGCCGGCCGGCCUGGCUGCCCCGAUGCCUGCGCUCCUGGGCCUGGCUGCCCCUCUGGCUGCAUUCUCUGGAGCCAUGGGACCGCCUGGUCAGCCACUGCUGCCCCUGCAAGGCCUGCAGCCCCCCUGAGGCCACGGCCAAGGACGCCCACUGCUACGAGAACCCUGAGAUCCUGGCCUCCCAGCAGUUGUGAGGGAUGGCCACCCUCCACCCAGCUGACCUCUGGGUGCCCUGGGUGAUCCCAGUCACUGCGGACUUGUGAGUCGCCUGGAUCACCCUCUUUGCAAAUAAACAAGGCAGCACCCAGG